CACACGAAGAAAAACUAAGGGGAGGAGGGAAAGGGGUGGGGGAGAAAUGGCGGCAAGAAAGUGGGUGGGUCAUCACCCAGAUCCCAAGGGUCCCGCCCUAAGGGGACCCUUGCAUGCUUGUCUAGAGCAUCUGGGCAGAGGCACAGACGCUGAGCCCAAACAGGUUUCAGGAUCCAUGGUUGCAAUGAGAGAAACAAAGGUUUGAGCCAAAGGCCUGGGAAAAACGCAACCAAGCCGGAGCUCGUACAGUUCCAGCAGACCAGGAACGCCCUGAGCGCUGUGCGGGUUCGGAGCCCUGUACUGAGACGGGGCUUCAUUACUCAAAUUCUAGAGGCGCCGGACAUUCUCAAGGCGCAAGCUCGGUUUUCUGUGCAUAGUGCGCGUCUGAGCACCAGGCACGCUCAGAAGACCCGAGCCCAAGCUUCUGUUCUCGGGUACCCAGGAGUCUGGGGGGGGGGGGGGGGAGUCUGGCGGGCUCUGACUUGAGGCGCCUCACAGAAAAACCUCCAAGUGGCACCUCGGAGCCCGUGACAUUCGUCGGAUGCCUAUUCCCUGCCUAGUCGCCGCCGCUGGAUACGCAGGGCCGGCCCAAGAGACAUUCUCCCAAGGCUUCUUCUGCAAGGGCUCCAGAGCUAGGGGGAGGUCUGCCUCUCAGCCGACCCAGAUUUGGGGCGCAUGAGCCUAGCUGGGACUUGAAGAAGACUCAACCUCUCUCGCUAGGCAUCGACCGACGGAUGCACUGGGCAAAGAAAGUGCUCCCCACUGGAGCUCUCCCUGCAAGUGCACUGCCCGGGGGGUGCCAAGCCCAGCCGCAUGCGCACCUCGGCGAGCCCACCCCGCCCCCCUCCGGAGGGGGUGUAUAUAGAUAGAGAGAGGCCGUCUGCUCAGAAGCAGGGGAACCUGACAACGCGAGGACCGCUCCGUGGGAGCCUGGCAGCACGGCACCUCUCUGCGCCCGACCCACGGAUCCAGGAGGACCCUGCGCGGGAUCUGCAGGGAACAGCGCGAGGGCUAUGGAGCCUCUGAGCCGACGCAGGGACGAAGUCAUGGGCUUCCUCGGCCCGGGAGUCGACGAGGGCGGGGAAGAGCCGCAGGGUCGGUGCCGGUUGGGACACGUGCCCCCAUCAAGCCCCAGAAACGAAGGUUCCCUGGGCGAGGGGAGCAGGCCCGACGCCCCGCAGAUGCUGCUGCCCCUUGCCUCCCGCCUCCCACAGUCUAGGCUCCGAUGCCCUGAUCUCUCCGUGUGGAUUUCCUCCUUUGCAGAAACCCAGCCUGUGGCCAUGUCGCUGACCCAGGAGGGAGCGGCGGCCGAGUUCACACCUGACCACGGCAGGGGAGCAGACCAGGUCAUGGAGGAAGCUGACGGCGAGGGUGACGGUGACGGCGAGGGUGACGGUCAGGGCCAGCGCGACGGUGACGACGGUCAGGGCCAGCGCGACGGUGACGACGGUCAGGGCCAGCGCGACGGUGACGGUGAAGGCCAGCGCGACGGCGAGGAGGCAAUGGGUGACGAGGCCGCGGGAUUUCCACUGCCGGCGGGCGACGGGACCCCCCAGGGGCACGGCGACCAGGGCCCAGUGCCAGGGCAGCCGCCCCAGGCCACCGUCCCGUGUCCCCUGCCGGGCAACGGGCAGCAGGCGGGCCAGCGCAUCGUCUUCAGCCGCGUGCAGCUGCAUGAGCUGGAGAGCGUGUUCCAGCGCACCCAGUACCCCAGCGCGCCUACGCGCCAGGAGCUUGCAAGAUUCAUGGAUGUGUCUGAAGCCAGAGUGCAGGUUUGGUUCAAGAACAGGAGGGCCAAGUGGAGGAGACACCAGAGGGCAGUGAGGUUCAGAACCAUGCCCCCCGUGGCCCUGGUCCCCCCCAUCAUCAUUAACUUGGGUGGACCCUGCCGUACCAUCCUCAUUCAGGAGCCGAAUCGCCUAUGGGUUCUUCAGGAGCCACUGCUGCUGGGGCCACCUCAGCCGCUCAUGCCAUCCUUUCCUGUGGUCUUCGUGCCUCCUCUGCCCUGGCUUCCUCCACCUCUCCCUCUGUGCGGCUACCCUCCCGUGGCCCUCCCGUGGCCGGUCCGGCUUUCCUACCAUCCCUAG